AUGUCGUUUAAGUUAUCGGCCUGUGAAAUAGUAACUAAAACUUUACAAUGCCGGGGGAGUCGUAUUCGGAAGUUUUCUAGUGAUGCAGCAGGUAAUCCGGCUACAGAAGAAACCGGAAAUGAAUUACUGGUAGAGCGUAGAGGAGAGUUUAAUAAUCAACUUCUGAGCAUAAUAAAAAGUCUUCGUACUGUUCCGGAAGAGCUGGUUGGUAAAAUGGAUGGAGAACCAAAUGGUGAGAUAAAAGAGAAAGAACAGCAGUUGGACGAAAAAUUGACAGCAUUUCUUAGAAAUUACUCCAACCAUACUAGUUCUACUAAGCAAGAUGGUAAGAAUCUAAUAUUUGAUGAUAAGAUACGUAAAAGCAGCUCACAAAAGUCUUUUCCGUAUCUUGUUUCAUCAGGUGUUGGAAAGCCAUAUUCAAAACAAGAACUUUUCGUGCGUCAAUUGAAGCAUGCAUCUUCAACUGCAAAACUUGGUGCUAAUAUUAAGAAUGUUUAUUUUCCACACAAUGAUAUUUUCCAUCCUCCAUCUGUUGAAGACGUUUCCGUCAAGAAGUUAAUGGCUGCAGGCGUCCACUUGGGACAAUCCACCUCUCUAUGGAGGCCUUCAACACAACCAUUUAUUUAUGGCGAGUAUAAGGACAUCCACCUCAUUGACUUAACCAAGACUCUUUCAUGCUUAAAAAGAGCUGCUCAUGUGAUCGAAGGCGUAGCCGAAAAUGGUGGUAUUAUUUUAUUUUUGGGCACAAGAGAAGGACAGAAACGUGUUAUACAAAAGGCUGCUGAAAGAUUAAAUGGUUAUUACGUUUCUUCUAGAUGGAUCCCCGGCACUUUGACUAAUCCUACAGAGAUUUCUAGCAUUUGGGAAAGACAUGAGGUCGAUUACUAUGGUAAUCCUACCGGUAGGAAAUUAACUGAUGAAGAGUCAGUGAGUAUUGUCAAACCAGAUUUACUUGUUGUACUGAAUCCUACAGAGAACAGAAUUGCGUUGUUGGAAGCAAUGAAGACUAGAGUUCCUACCAUUGGAAUUAUUGAUACUGACUCUGAACCAUCUAUGGUUACAUACCCAAUCCCUGGAAAUGACGACUCGCUACGCUCAGUUAGCCUGUUAGUAAGUGUAUUAGCUAAGGCCGGCCAAAAGGGUUUGAAAAAUCGUCUAAGUAAGACAGUUGAUUUACUACAGUGA